CAUUCUCUUUAUUGUAUAUAAUAACAACUUUUGUCAAACUCAUUUCUAGCAUCAUGGAAGUUGAAGAAGAAAGCGAUUUCUCGGAUAGGGAUUUGACAGGUGAAUCUGAAAGCGAUUUCUCAGAUAUGGAUUUGACAGCACACAAAACAAAAACACCAAAGAGGGGGUUGACCAGGUUACCAAAAAUGCGUACAACAUUUACAAACUCGGGUGGAAAAAAACACAAAGUUACAUUUGAUGAAUUGGGGAAGUUUUCUGGGGAAUAUAGAUCAGAAUUUUCAAGUUUAUUGGGAGACCUAGUAAGAGAAUAUGUCGGAUUUAGGUUUUUAGCAUGGAAAACAGUGCCAACAGAAGUAAAGGAUAAAUUGUGGGAGGAAAUAACGCGUUUUUAUGACAUUGAUGCAUGUCGUAGGCAUUUUGUAAUGAAUCAGCUUGGUGACCUGCUUCGAAAUUUUAGAAGAAAAGUGUAUGCGGGAUACAUAGUACCUAACUUAGGUAAACCAAAGAAACUUGCACGAAUUCCUAAGAAGUAUCGUUCAAUGGUGGAGCAAAUAGACUGGGACAAGUUCGUAACAUAUACACAAUCAGACAAGUUUAAGGAUGUGUUAAAUAAGACAAAAAGACCACGAUCAAAAUACGUUUAUGAUCAUCACUUGGGACGAGGAGGAUAUGCUUAUCUAAGAGACAAACUGGUACAAAAUAACGAACUUUCAGUUGAUGAGAUCCCCUCUCGUGUUUUAAUGUGGAGGAAAGCAAGGGAAAAUAAAAACGGAGAAUACAAGAAUGUUGAUGUAAAAGACAUAGAUAAUAAAAUAAUUGACAGUGAAAUGCAAAUUAAAGAUGGAUCCAUGAACCUUGAUCCGGGCACGGAUGCACUCACAUUAGUAUUUGGCAAAGAAAAAGGUGAGUAUUUAAAAGGUGUUGGUUAUGGAGUGACUUCUAGUAGAUAUUGGCAGAGUCCUCGAACAAAAGGAUCAUCAAAAGAACGAAUUGCACAACUGGAGUUUCAACUACAUAACGAGAGACUUGAGUGUGGGAAAAAAGAUGAACAAAUUAAGACCCUUUCGAUGCAGAUGGCAGAAACAAGUAACACACUUAAUCAAGUUUUAGCUCACUUGGCUGCACAAGGACAAACAUUACAAAUAUGUUCAUUAUCUGCAGACAAAAUGUCACAAACACAAGUAAAUUCUUUGGAUAAACAUGAUGGAUCAAAGCAUAAGGCCAAUGCUACCGCAUCUAAAAUAGUGCAAAAAGAAAUGGCACCAACGGUAAAAUCUAUGAACAAUAGUCCUGGAUCAAAGGACAAUACUAAUGUUACCACAUCUAACAUAUCAAGUAAAGUAGUGCAAACAGAAGUCACUUCUCAUGCUAACACUUCUAAAAUGGUGCAAAAAGAAAUGAUAACGGAAAAUGUGAAAACCAGAAAAAAAAGAUGUUUUGUCUACGCAUGAGACUUCACUUCUUAGGACAUCA